GGUCGAGCCGAUGCAUCAAAAAUUAGGGCUAGCGCGCAUAUUGUCGCAUACGAUGAGUGCAGCUAGCAGCGUUUGGAGGUCUAAUCGGAAAACUGCGGGUGGAUUUGAUCUUUUGUUGACGAAGCUGUGAAGAAAUAAGAAACUUCAAGAUGGUGGAAGGGUGUGCCAAGUGCAUCAAGUAUCUGGUGUUCAUCUUCAACCUCCUGUUCUUUAUCUCGGGCUGUGCCAUUCUGGCCCUGGGUAUCGUCCUUCAUGUCAAGGAAGGCGGUUUUGCCACGCUGAUUCCAGACCUGCCGUUCCUGAACGCCGCCAAUGUUUGCAUCGCAGCCGGUAUCAUCGUCAUGUUUGUGGCCUUCUUGGGAUGCUGCGGUGCCAUCAAGGAGAGUGCUUGCCUGCUCCUGCUGUUCUUCAUCUUCCUGCUGCUGAUCUUCCUUCUGGAGGUUGUGGCCGGCAUCGUUGGUUUCAUCUACAAGGGACAGGUGGAGACUGUAGUGACUGAUGACCUGGCCAAUGGAAUGAAGAAUUAUGGCAAGGAUGGCCAGGCGGGGCUUACAUCUGGCUGGGAUAGGCUGCAGACGGAGUUCGAGUGUUGUGGCGUGAAUGGCAUCAGCGACUGGUCAACCAACCAUGAUAGCUACAUACUUAACUCAACCCCAGAUUCUUGCUGCGUAGAGGCUCUGCGCACGGAUAGAUGUGGGAUAAAUCCUACAUUUAUUGGAAAAUACUCUAAGGGUUGCAAAGAAGCGCUGAUCAAGAAACUGGAAGAUUCCAUCUACUACAUCGCUGCUGGGGGAAUUGCUAUCGGUUUAUUCCAGAUCCUGGGCAUGGUGUUUGCUAUGGUGCUGUACUGCAACAUCAAGCGUGAAAACGCCAAGGCUUAAACAACGCGUGGGUAGUUAUGAUGGGUCUGAAACCAGACAUGCCUAUCCCUGGUACCCGGCCGUGCUGGCGGUAGCCAGUCUAAGCAACAAAACAAAAAUUAUGUCAAAGGGAUUUUCAAAUUUUAAAAAAUGGACGUGAUGAGCUAUAACUUUCUUUUUGUUACGGGUUAAAAUUUUUAUGAAAUUGACGUGGCUUUCAACUUGGCUACUCCGCUCUUGAGUAAAAGGAUUGGUUAACGUCGGCUAUAGGGUGCCCUCUAUCUGUAUCGUGGUACCAGGGAUGCGAUUGGUUGAUGAUAUUGUCAGAUUUUACCUGUUCAUAAUAAUGUGUAUGCGCUGAAGAUAAAAUAUUACACGUCUUGUAUACCAUCCCUGAUCCAACUAUUUCACUUCUUUGGGGUAUUAAAUCAGUGGCAGGGAAAUAUACCCACCAUUCAAUAUAUCUAUUUAUUCUAUUCACAAGAUGGAUUUGUGUCGACGUGGUGUAAUCCAUAUUAAGUUUUGCCCUUCACCGAUGUUUAAACACUGUAUACUCAGUGUGUUACCUUCCGAGCGAAAGUUGGAAAAAUAACUCGGGUGGGACUCGAACCCACGACCUCCUGCCUUCUAGUGCAGAUGUCUUACCACUCGACCACCAAGCUCGCCAGAAUGGAUUAGCUGAUACAAAUCUGAUGUAGCAGCGGGUACCGCAAUUAAACUUUUCAUAAGAUGGAAUUUGUAUUGGGGUGAUGUAAAUCAAUAUUAGGUUUUGCCUUUCACCGACGUAUAAACACUGUGAACUCGGUGUGUCAUUUAGUAUUCGUAAGUGGAAACUGAUGUCUGCUUAGUUAUAAACCCCGAUGAUGAUAUUUUUCGGUAAAGGUCUAAACAGUACUACAAAGAAAGAAUAUUUCAACUGAACUUUUUUUGAAAAUUAUUAAUGGAUUUCAAAUUGUUGGAUCAUGGAUGCCGUGUGUAAAUUGUGUUGGUUUUGUAACCACUGGAUUGUUUAGCAUAAAAUAGAAAGUACUACUCUGCAGUUUGUCUCGGAGUCUGUGGUUCCAGGUUUGCCAAAAGUGUUGGGAAAAAAUGUUAAUCACUGGCAAAUAUGGUGUUGAUUCAUUUGUAAAAGUUGCUGGAAUGUCUCUGAAGAAAUUUGAUUGGCUGAGUGAAUUACUGGUGCCCUGCAUUUGUGUUUAAAACUCUUAGAAUAAUGAUUGGGUUACCAGCCAGUUGACCUCAGGUCAGCAUUACUUAAUGAUUCAGGAUUGGCUAAAAGUCACAUUUUGAAUGUGGCUGGAACCAUAGACUCGAAACAAAAGUUACUUUAUAGCUAGCGACAAGACCUAGUCCGUGUAGUUUUAGGCAAAUAUCGCACGUGUAGCUCUGCUUGUAUAUUUAUUAAAGGUUUUUGUAAUUUACAGCAAGAUGUUUUUGCACCCUUAUGAUGUGGUAAUAAAUAUUUUGAGAGCUGUCGUAAUACUGUUAUUUCAUUGAAAUUAAAAAUUGACAUGGGCAUAGGAUAACAAGGUAAAAAUCAGGCAAGAAUUUGAAUAUUAAAUUAGCUCAUUAGCAUAUUGUAUGAGUUUGAUCAGUCACAAUUCGAGGUAUUAUUUGUUGAGGCUGAAAAAGCCAACUUUUGUAUGUGUACACCAAAAAGCAAUUAUCUUGGUAGGGAGGAUAUAUUAAUAUGACUGUAAAACUGGGGUGGGGUGGUUUGUGCAUAGAUUUGCAUGUGUUUGCAUAAAUUUGCAUAAGGUUGUGUUUUAGGGUCAGUCACCACCAUUCCUUUACGGUAUAUCCAGUCAGAAGUGCAGAAUUGGUUGUUUUUAUACUGCAUGCAGUGGCUGCAGUAAUUUAUGCAUACAUUUGCAUAUUUACAUAUGCAUUACACAUAACAGAUUCAUAUUUUUAGGAACUAGGAAAAGUUUUUUUACAUUUUUGGGGGCAUGUACAGAAAAUGUGUUGUACAUCAAGGUCAGAAUAUUACAAGACUUUUUUUUUUUCAAAACAAUCUGCUUUUUUUCGCUUGAGGCUUUUAGUUUGCUUUUCCUCCCUUUACCUCUACAAAGUAUAACCGUGCGUUUAUUUGAAACUUUGUAGAUUUUAUGACUGUAGUAUAUUGGUCAUAUAUGUCAUUUAACUUAUAUCUUUAUAGUAUUAAAUAUGUAUUCUUAUUUUUUCAUAUCUAUUUUCUUAGAUGACAGGUGUAAAUGGCAAACGGGACUAAUAGAAAUUCAACUUUUGAAACAGAUUUUAAAGAGACUCCCCCAAUCUGUGGUCUUGAGUGGUCUGCAUGAAAAGGCUGUUUCCAAAUUUGUUUGCCCCUUUAACUUCACAUAUGGAAGUGAUGUUAUGGAGGGCAUUAUGGAUCUUUAUAUCCUUUUUAUAACUUUUUUUUGUUCACCUGAAAUAUCAUAAGGAAAAAACACUUGAAAUGUAGUUGGGGGAAAAAAUUGCGGCUACAAUGGGUCAUUAACUCUUGGGGCCUAAAUUGAGUGAAAGUACUAAGCAGUUAGAGUACUAGUAAGCAAAUUUACUUUGCAGAGAUUAGCUGGUAAACGUCCUUCACUGCCUGCAAGCAGUAUAGCAUGUUGGCUGGUAACCAGAAAGCCAAAUUCUCUUUUAACAAAUUUGUCUAAUAAGCAGCUAUGAGUACUACUUCCUUUGUCAAGUCUUGGGCACUGCACAAAGUUUUGCCAUCAUUUUUGUUUGCAUGCUGAAAAGAAUGCCUUGAAAAGAACUGUUUCUUGCACAGAUUUGUAUUAUAUUCUUUGUUAUUAUAACCUGAUCUUGGAUAUGUCAAUAUUUUCAAGGAAAAUCAUUUUGCCUAAUUCCACUUAGAAAAUCAUUGUGAUGAUGAAGCUUGCUUAAAUCAUUCCUAUUUGCGUAAAUGUUGUCUCAUGUGCACGCCGUACUCUGCUAGUCUCCCACACCAGUCGCUUUGAUUUAUCACCACCUUCUGCUGAUAGAAACGUACUGAAGGCACGAGCAUUGAAAAGUUUUGCAAGGAGUCUAUGCAACGUGUGGAUACAUGUACUACUUAUGCAUGACGUGAAACUCGAGAAGAAAAAUGUAUGAAUCAUAGAAAAUGACGAAUUUAUUGAUAUUAAUUCUGCAAAACUAUGACGAAAUCGACAAGUUGUUCCCUUCUACAAAGAAACGUUGUUGGUUUUAUCUUUGGAAUCAUAUUUUCUUAUAAAAAACCUUCAUAUUUUCGUACUGUAUAGCCGAUUCAUAUACCUACCUUGUUUAUUGGAAUUGUACUAUUUUACUAGGGUAAGUUUUGUCUUCUGUAAUAUGACAUAAUUUUGGACCAUUUUUCCACAGGUUUUUGCAGUGUGUAUUUUGCUGAAAUUUGGAAAGUGAACAUUGUUUAUAAUUGUUUAUGCAUGUGAGUCACAUUCACAGUCGGCAGUCUCUGUUACUCAGACCCCGCCCAUAAUUGUGUUUCAUUGGCCCAUACGUCUUCAUCUCAUGACGUCAUGGAAGCUGAUGUCAGCGUGGAAUAUAUUUGCAAUGUAUGAAUGUUAAAUUAAAACCGAAACUUUAACAAUUGUACUUUUCCCGACGAAGGUUUAAGCAUAAUUGCCAGAGGUUUUCCUCAACGAGCAAAAAAGUACGGUACUUUGGAUUGUUGAAUUGAAGCAGCUUGUUGUCAAACCGUGCUUUCUUCAUUUCUGAUGGUGAGCAGUGACUGUUGGGUCGUAGAAUAAUGAUCAUAGUCGGUAGAUGUAAUUGCUAGGAAUUGUGAGGUGGUUAAUCAGUGGUCAAUAAACACGAGUCUCUUCGUAGUUCCGAAUAGUCUUGUCACUCAU